AUGUCAAACUUCUUCAGGGACUCCUCGAUAGGAUUCAAGCCACGCUCGAACAUAUUCUCAAAGCUACGAGUCAAAGAACCAGAGUCCCAUAAUGGUGACUCGAGCACUGAAGCCGAUUCGUCACUUAUGGAUGAUUUGUUCGCCCAAUCGCACCCGAAUCAGUCCAACAACCAGUCAUCUGUGACAGUUAUUGGGCAUUCAGAUGGAAAACAAGGACAAGCUGAACUCCAGCUAGCUUCAAGUACACCAAGGGUUACGAGAACUACUAAGACAAUGGGUGACAAUUAUAUCGAUGAGGAUGAACUUGAAAUCACUGAGGUGAGAGGACUUCUAAUGGGCGACAAGACAUCUUCUGCUGGUAACGGUGGUGAAGAAAAGGUUGAAAGCGGUUUUGCCAAUAGAAUUAAUCAUAAAAAGGAUAAAGUGUCCCUACCCUUCAGUGCAAACUCACUUUUGGGGGAAAGAGAGCAGCAGGCGGCAGAUACAUCUUCCAACGAUGUGCUAUUGGAAGCAUUCAAUAAUACUCAAAAGAUAUGCUCAAAUCUUAAGCAAGAACUCCAGAGACAACAGACGGAAAACUCGAAAUUAAAGUCUCAAAUACAAGUCUAUCAAGUGGACAACGAAGGGAUUUUACAAAAGUUUUCAGAGUUGAAAAAGUUACUCAAUGGACUAAAUGAAAGGUCUAGAACUCUUCUGGAUCAGAAGUCAUCGAGUGAUUCUGCAUUAGAUGAACUAAAAGGUGAUUAUGGGAAACUCAAGAAGAAGAUAGAUGCAUAUAAGAGUGAUAUUGCAGAACUGAAGGUGAGUAUAACAUCAUUUCAAUCGUUGAAAAAGGAUUCUGAUGCCGAGCUUUCUAAAAGAUCAAAAGAAAUUGAUUAUUUGACCAGAGAACUAAAUGAUUGCUCUGGACUACUGAGCGAAGAAAGAUUAAAGAACUGUUCUCUAGUUCAGGAGAUUGGAAACCUGAAGACAGAUUUUAAAGAGUCUCUUUCCAGUCACUUGAAUGAAAAACAGGGAGAGAUUAAUAAUCGUCUCAAAAUUUUGGAGGCCAAUUUAAUUCAGAAUAUCACAGAGGGCCUGAGCUUGCAAUUGCUCAAGACAGGUGAAGAUUCAUACAAAAAGGUAGCAGAGCAAUUCUCUGCCACCCAGGAGAUAUUGACGAGUGUCGUGCAAGAAUCGACCUCUGGGAAUUCCACUAGUAUCAUAAAAGAGUUGAACAAUCUCCAUAAAUUGUCGAUCAAAUGUAUAGACAAGAGCUUUGAAAAUAGCCAAAAUGAAUCGAAGAGAACCUUUGGGCAGCAAAUAAGUACUCAGAAUGACAUUUUGAAAAAGCAGCUCGAGGAAUGCAAAUCAGAGCUACAAGAUUUGGUCUGCGGAAAUGGCGAAAAGACGUCAGGCAAGGUUGAGGCGUUGGCCGAUGUGUUAAAACUGUCAAUUGACGGGAGUAGCGGCAAAGUUUCAGAUCAAAUCAAAACACUUUCUGAAAGUUUCACGUCUUACAGGAAAGAGCUAAUGAAAUGUCAAGAAUAUGAAUCAAAGUUACAUGACUUUGAGUCUGAAAUUUCGACAUUGAAUUUGCAGAAAGGGCAAGCAUUGAGUUCUCUCGGCGUUAAAGAAGCCCAAUAUGAGGAGCUGUCAAAGAAGGCAGGUCUACAAGAUGCUGAAAUGAGGAAAUAUAAGGAAAUUGAGCUUGAAUUGCGCGCAAAGGUUGACACCUCAAUACAAGAAAUUAAUGCGCUUAAGAAUAAAUGGAUUAAACUGAACGAAGAUAACAUAACCUUGAAGGCUAAUUCGGAGAACAAGAUUAUUGUACAGGGAGAAAUUCUCAAGACCCUACAAUCGGAGAAUGAAACCUUGAAACAAAAAUGUGAACAACUGGAUGGGAUGAGACAGCAAUUUGAGAGUAGAAACUCUUCGCAUAAUGAUAAAGUUCAAAGAAUUAACGAACAGCUGCAAAAGUUGAAUGUAGAAAUGGUUCAGCUGAAGGCACAUGAGUUAGAGCUGGAAGAAGAAAACAGAAAGUUGAAAUCCCAAAUUGACGAUAGCAGGUCCAAUUAUGAAGAAGCAACAGAUGAAUUCAAGAGACUGCGACAAAAAGUAAUUGUACUUGAAGCGGAAAAGCAAGACAGCGUUAGAGAAAAGAUAGAUUUACAGGAUAAGAAUGAUGAAUUACAAAGUUCUGUCAAAACCUUGAAGCAAAAGCUGAACUUGGUACAUAAGAAUGAACUGCCCAUCCAAAAGCAACAAGAAGUUGCUAAAAAUGAAGAUGAACUGCAGCUAGAGGAACGGUUGGCGUUCGAUACCCGUGAGUCUGUUAAGAAGGACAACCGCAAGCUUGACAAGCGAAGUCAUGAUCAUGGAGAAGGCGACGAGUUUGAUCUAUCAUCAUCUUUAAAUGAUGAUCUUGAACUAACCAACCCAUCCCCAAUUCAAAUCAAACCACUUAAAACUAAAAGGGGUAAAACCAAGUCUAUGAAACCACCAAAUUGCUCUAGAAAGAAGCUGCUGCUACCGGAUGAAGAUGAAUCAUCCCAGCUUAAGCACAGGUGGAAAAAGAGAAGAAGUUAA